UCUUCUUCAACUAAUUAUCUCUUGGUGCCUUGGUGCUUCAUCUCUAGAGCUAUUGCAAUUCCGACACAUAAUGUGUUGGAAUUGCAGUAACACAACUGCACAUAACUUCUUCCAUUAGUGGUAGCCCUGAGAGACUGUUGCUGACAAUUUUAUUAUAGGCCUCAAUCAAUGUACUCCCUUACCAACGGCUGCUUCCUCUUCCUCGCCGGCUCGAUAGCGGACCACAUUGGCAACCGCAACAUGAACAUCUUCGGCUGCUUUUUCGCGGGAGCUUUUGUCCUAGCUGCCGGCCGCUCACAGACAGGACUUCAAUUGACCGCCUUCCGUGGGCUGCAAGGUAUUGGUACUGCCAUGUGCCUACCGACUGCCUUUAGUAUAAUUUCAAAAACAAUUCCCAUGGGGAGGAAGAGGAAUAUUGCUUUUGCGUGUCUAGGUUUGGGACAACCACUCGGAUGGUUUUUAGGCCUAUUAGUCAAGGUUCUCAAGCAGGACAGCGAACGCAAGAACUACAACCUUUCCAGCCCGCACAACCAGCAUCUGCAAACUCUUCCGGUGUUCCCACCCCAGCCCGACCCAAAGAGCAGAUGAGGUCACAAGUUGAGCACGGCGAUAUGCAUCUCCAGGUAACUCCGAACAGCGCCAAGUCGCCAAGCUCAUCUCACUUGACCAGCACUUCAAGGGCCUUCGAGAAGCUCAAAUUUGCUGAAGUUCGGGACCUCGCAAGAAAGAAGUAUAAACGCUUCGACGAUCUGAACGGAGAUGAGAUUGAGAAGCUAGCCAGACAAAAGCAUGGCGAGGAAAUGCCAAAUGCGCACAGUGGGCCCUUGUCCCAUGCUUCAAGGGCGUUCGAGGAUCUCACAUUUGAGGAAGUUUGGGGACUUGCAAAAAAGCAAUAUAAAGACUUCAAUGAGCUGAACGGACACGAGAUUCAGGAUCUGGCUAGGCAGAAAUAUGACGAGACAAUGACUUCAGUCUCUGAGACGCCUGCGCCAAUUGAAAAUCAGAACAGGACCAUAACUGAACCUGCCACAUCACAGCUAGUGGCUAAUAAGGAGGCACUAGAUGCAAAUAACGAGAAAGGAAAGAGAACUGCGCCUAUCGAACUCGGAGACAGCGAUGAAGGCGAAAGUGACGCCGUUAUCACUUUUAAGCCGAAGGGAAGGCGCGCGGCUGUAGAUAGCGCCUACAAGCCUGGGAGGUCAAACGAAAAGAAGACCUAGACUUUCAGGUCCCAAUUUCGUCUAUGUCUCGCAUGCGUUGGAAUUAUAAUUAGUGUGCGCAGGCAUAUCUCGGUCAGAAACAAGGGUUGUGCCAUUCCUCACUGCUUCCCGCUCCAGUUCUUAUACACCAAUGGCCGAACCACAGCGUCCUUUCAGCGUUAUAUCUAGGAACAUAACCCGCGGGGUUAUUUGCGCGGAGGAUAAUAGGUAUCAUUUUGCAAUGCAUGGUGUUGAUGACGGACAUAGGCGCGGAUCGGUAUCUCAAAUGCCCGGAAUCAAAAUGGGAGACGAGCCGACAGUUACAGCUAUUCAAUAUCCGAAUGGGAUAAAACAGCAUUUGAAAAUCAAUUGAGCAAGAAU